AAGCAAUGGUCUUACUUCUGCAGUCAGCUGAAAAUCAGCUGUUAUUGUGUACUUUUUUUCCGCUAAUGGUCAGCGAAGAAUGACGAAUAGCACAAAUUGAAUGAAAAACCUGAGUGAGACGGUAACCGAAGUCACCAUGCAAGAAAAUGUAGUCCACGAAUCAUUGCCCCAGAUCCCGGUGGCCACUUCGGUGACCUGUUGCUUCGUGCUGGCUGUUCUGUACGUGGGUAGCCUCUACAUUUGGAGCACCAAACACAACCGGGAUCAUCCAACCACGGUUAAGAGAAGAUUCGCCAGUGUGUCCAUGGUGAUGCUGGCAGCCCCGUUCUUCGUCUACUUCUUCUCAUCGCCGGAGCUGCUCAGCCGGGUACCGUUUCCCAAGCUGCUCGGUCUGCGCUUGGAGGGAUUGUGGCAGGCUGUUGUGAUACCAUACGCCCUGACGGUGCUGCUCUUCCUGGGACCCAUCUUUGUCAACAUGCAGAACGAGUCCGUGCGCUCCUACUUUGAUCUGGACUACUGGAAGGGAUCAUUUGGGAGCAUCAUCUGGGUGCGCAACCAUGUGAUGGCACCGCUGAGCGAGGAGUUCGUCUUCCGAGCCUGCAUGAUGCCCCUGAUCCUGCAGAGCUUUUCGCCCCCAGUCGCCGUUUUCAUAACGCCGCUUUUCUUCGGAGUGGCCCACUUGCAUCACAUAGCCGAACGCCUGAGCUUAGGCGUGAAUUUGAGCAGUGCCCUAUUGAUUGGACUGUUCCAGUUCAUAUACACCACGCUGUUUGGCUUCUAUUCCGCCUUUCUAUUUGCCCGUACAGGCCACGUGGUGGCUCCCAUCUUGGUGCACGCGUUUUGCAACCACAUGGGUCUGCCGGAUCUGCAAGAUCUGUGGCAGCAGGAUCUCUGGCGACGAGUUGUGGCCAUUGUUCUCUACUUAGCUGGAUUUGUUGGAUGGAUAUUCCUGGUACCACUGGCUACAGAUCCUUCGAUCUAUGAUAACACCCUGUACUGGAAUACAUAAUUAAAUUAAUUUGUAUGUAUCAA